ACAACUGUUUUGAUUUUGUCCGGUUUGGUUUCGCGCUAGUCUCGAGAAUUUAAAGGUGGCAUAGGAAGUUAGCUAGAAUGUCGAAGCGCAAAGGUGACAAUGUUAUUCCGGCGGAGGAGAAUGAUUUGCUGCUCAUUCGACCAUUAGGUGCAGGACAAGAGGUUGGCCGAUCUUGCAUAAUGCUCGAAUUCAAGGGAAAGAAAAUAAUGUUGGAUUGUGGUAUUCACCCGGGACUUACAGGAAUGGAUGCAUUACCUUUCGUUGAUUUAAUUGAAGCUGAUGAAGUAGAUCUUCUCUUUAUUUCGCAUUUUCACUUGGACCAUUGUGGUGCGCUUCCAUGGUUUCUCCAGAAAACCAGUUUUCGAGGUCGUUGUUUUAUGACACACGCUACAAAAGCCAUUUAUCGUUGGAUGUUAUCAGAUUAUAUCAAAGUUAGUAAUAUCGCAGCCGAACAAAUGCUUUACACCGAAGCGGAUUUAGAAGCGAGCAUGGAGAAAAUUGAAACAAUAAACUUUCAUGAAGAACGUGACGUGAUGGGAGUGAGAUUUUGGGCUUACAAUGCAGGACAUGUUCUGGGGGCGGCAAUGUUUAUGAUUGAAAUAGCUGGAGUUAAGAUUCUUUACACUGGCGACUUUUCACGACAGGAAGACAGACAUUUAAUGGCAGCUGAAAUCCCUUCAAUGCGGCCUGAUGUGCUUAUCACAGAAUCUACUUAUGGAACACAUAUUCAUGAGAAACGUGAAGAUCGAGAGAAUCGUUUCACGUCAUUAGUUCAAAAAAUUGUACAACAAGGAGGACGUUGCUUGAUUCCUGUAUUUGCUUUAGGUCGGGCGCAGGAAUUGUUGUUGAUAUUAGAUGAAUUCUGGAGUCAGAAUCCCGAAUUGCAUGAUAUUCCCAUUUAUUAUGCCUCGUCUUUGGCAAAAAAGUGCAUGGCUGUCUAUCAGACUUAUAUCAAUGCAAUGAAUGAUAAAAUUCGACGCCAGAUCGCCGUUAAUAAUCCAUUCGUGUUUCGACACAUCUCAAAUUUGAAGGGAAUGGAUCACUUCGAAGACAUUGGACCAUGUGUAGUGAUGGCCUCUCCGGGUAUGAUGCAAAGCGGUCUUUCACGAGAACUUUUUGAAAUGUGGUGUACCGAUUCGAAAAAUGGAGUUAUCAUAGCUGGUUAUUGCGUUGAAGGAACUUUAGCGAAAACCAUCUUAUCUGAACCGGAAGAAAUUACAACAAUGUCCGGGCAGAAACUACCUCUUAACAUGUCGGUAGACUAUAUAUCGUUUUCAGCCCACACAGAUUACCAACAGACCAGUGAAUUCAUCAGACUUUUGAAGCCAUCUCAUGUUAUUCUAGUGCACGGAGAACAAAAUGAAAUGAGUAGGUUAAAGUCAGCCUUGCAACGGGAAUAUGAAACCGAUCCUAACUCGAAUAUUGUAUUUUAUAAUCCGAGAAAUACUCAAACAGUGGAACUGACCUUCAGGGGGGAGAAGACUGCAAAGGUGAUGGGCACACUUGCUGCUACAAGACCAGACCCAGAUAAACGGCUCUCAGGGGUGUUAGUGAAACGGGAUUUCAAAUACCACCUGCUGGCGGCUUCAGAUUUAUCUAAAUACACGGACAUGAGUAUGUCCGUCGUAUCACAACGGCAGAGUGUCGCCUGGUCCGGCUCCAUGAGUACACUUAAACUUCUACUGGAUCGUGUUGCUGGACCCGGAACGGUCGAGAUUAUAGAACUCGAUAAGAAGUUCAAAGUCUUCGAUUGCGUCGAGGUUUCCGUGGAAGGCAAAAUCAUUAUAAUGGAAUGGCAAGCGACACCUGUUAACGACAUGUUUGCCGAUACAGUUCUUACAUGUAUCAUGCAAACAGAAAUGGGUGGAACGAAUAUCAAAGGCACAGCGUCAGGUGCUAAGCCGGAUAAGACACACUUCAAAGAAUGCCUUAUCGAAACAUUCCAGGACACGUUUGGUGAAAGUUCUGUGCCAAAGAUUUUCAAAGGUGAUAUCUUAACGGUGACUGUGGCCGGAAAACAAGCAGAAAUUAAUCUGAAUACUUUGGCGGUUGUAUGCGAAGAAGACGAUAUUCUCCGACAAAUGGUGAAUACUACGGUGCAGAAACUUUAUCAAUCUCUUGUUCAAGUCAAUUAACUACUGAAUUUCUGAGAAUUCAGACGAAUGUAUUGAUUUUAUAUGGAUGUAGAAUAAACUUGUAAGUUACUGUU